AUGGGGUCAGCCAAGGAGGCCGCCCAGGACACCCUGCCCCAGAGCCAGCCGCACACGGCACAGCAUCGGAGCGGCCACAGGAGCGCUGGGGUGACCCAGCAGCCGGGGGCACUCAUGGAGUCGCCAGGCAACAAGACAGCAACCCCAGGCAGUGCCCCUGCUUGGCUGUGCAAGUUCUUCAGUCUGACCGAGACGCCCGAGGAUUACACCAUCAUUGUUGACGAGGAAGGCUUCUUAGAGCUGCCCUCCUCGGAGCACCUGAGCGUGGCAGGCGCCACCUGGCUGGCCCUGAACGUGGUGUCGGGCGGGGGUGGCUUCUCCGGCUCACAGCCCAUCGGCGUGACCAAGAUUGCCAAGUCAGUCAUCGCCCCGCUGGCCGACCAGAACAUCUCCGUGUUCAUGCUGUCUACCUACCAGACAGACUUCAUCCUGGUGCGUGAACGGGACCUGCCCUUCGUCACGCACACCUUGUCGUCAGAGUUCACCAUCCUGCGGGUCGUCAAUGGCGAGACGGUAGCAGCUGAGAACCUCGGCAUCACCAAUGGCUUCGUGAAACCGAAGAUGGUCCAGAGGCCUGUCAUCCACCCUCUGUCCAGCCCAAGCAACAGGUUCUGUGUCACCAGCCUGGACCCUGACACGCUGCCUGCGGUCGCCACACUCCUCAUGGACGUCAUGUUCUACUCCAACGGAGUGAAGGACCCCAUGGCCGCCGGUGAGGACUGCGGCCACAUCCGCUUCUUCUCUUUCUCCCUCAUUGAGGGCUACAUCUCCCUGGUGAUGGACGUGCAGACCCAGCAGAGGUUCCCUAGUAAUUUGUUGUUCACGAGUGCGUCCGGAGAGCUCUGGAAGAUGGUGCGGAUCGGAGGACAGCCCCUGGGAUUUGAUGAGUGUGGCAUCGUGGCCCAGAUCUCCGAGCCCCUGGCUGCCGCAGACAUCCCCGCCUACUACAUCAGUACUUUCAAGUUCGACCACGCGCUGGUACCAGAAGAAAACAUCAACGCCGUCAUCGGCGCCCUGAAAGUCAGCCAAGCAGAGAAGCAUUAG